AUGGCGAGUAUAGACACGUUUGCGGACCUCGAGCACCGAAUGGACGCGUUCCAGCAGGACGUGUCCCAGGUACUGGCACGUCAACAAGACCACGCGCGCCAGCACUUGCAGCAGUUCCAAGCAGAAAUGCGCCACUUACACUCUCAACAUCAACACCUCAUAGAUGAACUGCAACAGCUCACCGCUCAGCGCGCCGCUCUGCAGCAACAGAUCCGUGCCGCCCAGCAGGCCACCAACACCACCAGAGAACAGUGGAGAAGCUAUCACGAGCGUGAAGGAGAGUUAUCUAGACGACAGUCGACGCUGGCAGCUCAAUCGCGCGAGCUGGACUUGCUGCUGCAACAGCGAAGUGAAGAGUGCGCCCAAUUGCGUGCACGCUGGGCUGCACAAAUGGGUAACGACGCCUCAGAGGUCGCGCUGUACGAGCGGCUGCUGCAACUGCGGGUAGUACCGGGGGCCGGUGACGCACGCGAUCUGCGGUUCGUGUUUGGUGAUGACGCACGUUGCUGGGUCGAGGUCACGAUGCACGGAGAUCACGUGCUCGGAGCGUGUCACCCGGAACUUGUCCCAGAGCACCGGGCAACACUUGAGCACGUGCUCGCCGUCGAGGGCGACCUUGGGGCGUUUCUGGUCGUGGCACGCGAUAUGCUUUUGGCAUCUCUAUAA